AUGGCGCCGAAGAAGAAGCAGCGUCUCUCCGACGGCGUGCGCGCAUCAACAAAGCCUCUCUCCACCUCCUCCACCCGCAGCCGCACGCGCUCCGCCUCGGUCGCUCCCCCCACCUCCACCACCACGCCGCCCGCAUCAAAGAAGGGAAAGGGAAAGGGCAAGCAAGCACAGACUGACAAACCUCCGCUCAAACAGGAGCAAGAUGCGCUUGCACGCCUCUCACCUGUAUGGGACGCAGAGGCGGCGCCAAAGAUGACGUGCUGGGUCGAGAUCCCGCUCCUGCACCCCUGCCCGACCGAGGACGAGCUGCUGUUCGUAAGGCCGCGCACGAUCACCGAGCCAAAGGCCAAGGGCAAGCAGCGCGAGGGAGCACUGCUACAUCAUCUCGAUCGCUCCGCCAGCAAAGUCGAUCCGUUCCACUUUACCGACGAGGACUUGCGAGACGAGUCCGAAGGCCGACAGCUCUACGCCUUCCAGCCCAAACCUCCCAAACCACGCAAGAUCGCGUCCCCAUCCCGGACCGCACAGCCAGCACACGAUGGACUGGAGGACCUCUUCCUUGGAAGCCACGCAGGCCCCUCGACCGCAUCCGCACAACCCGACCAGACUCGGCCACUCUUCCUUCACGGCGAUUCGGGCGACGAGGACGCGCGGCGCAACGGCCCUCCCCCUCGCACAAAAGCAUCAGCCUCGCAAGCCGAGGUCAAGGCGGAACCCACCACCAACGGACAGCACUCGAACAACGGACAGACUUCCAAACCGUCCAAGUCUGACAAGAGCCGUUCGCAGUCGGCUGGCGCGCAGCCACCUGCAACGAGUCGAGAGAAGAAGCGCAGCCGGUCGGUCGAGCGCACUCGCGACGAAGGUGUGGGCAAGAAACGCGGCGAGGACAUCAAGAAUCUGCGCUCCGAGCUCAACGAGGACGCAUUCGCGCGCUCCACUGGCCCACGCCACAAGGAGGAGUAUCGCACCAAGCUCGCCGCGCUCUCUCAGGCGCGCAAGAAAGCCAAGCUCGAGCGCGGCGAGAGCUUGAGCGCAUCCGACUCCGAUCAAGCUGCAUCGAAAUCGCGCCAAAACGGUCGCGCCACGUCCGUCUCCAGCGGCUCAGAUAGCGGUUCAGACAGCGACACGAGCAGCGGGGAUUCGAGCGAAUCUUCGUCGAGUGGCGACUUUAUCGUCGGCGAUGACCAGAUCGAGUACGACGAGGGCUUCGAUCCGAACGAUGCCGAGCCUGCACCGCGGCCUCUGCCCUCUGCAGCUGCUGCGGCGGCGGCGAUGCCCAAAGGCGGCAAGUACAAGCGGGACAGCGACGGCCGCAUCCGACUCAUGCCCAUCCACUCACACGCCGCCGUGUCAGGCUCGUCGUCCUCGGUGCUCGCCGAACACGGACUCGGGCUCGGCCAGCGCAAGGGGCUGGAUGAGCUGUGCCUCGACUGGCUCGAGUGGGCAGUCGCGCGCGUGCUCGUCACCUGGUCUUCCCUCAGCCCUGCGGACCGGGAGCGUCUCGAACGCAACCGUGCGGCGCUCAAAUCGCGCACGCGCUCCACCGAAGAGAGCGUCGGCAGCGUAGCCAUGCGGCGCCAGUUCAAAUGGUACCUCACCAACUACCCCAAGAUGCACGUCGAGGCGCUCUUCACCGACGAGAUCGACCGCUUCGGCAGCCUCGCCAAGCAGGGCUGUGGCAUCUGCCACCGCCGCUCGCAAAAGCCCCAAGCCCGCGUGAUGUUCUCGGGCUCGCGGUACAACCAGCAAACACUCGCACCGCUCUCAUCCCACCAAGACGACUCUUCCUCAGACUCGGAUUCGGAGGCGAGUGAUCGGAGCGACGAUACCGAGACAUGGCGCGAGGCGGGUAGAGAUGAGAAGGGUCGUGCGGGGCACGUAUUCUUUGCGGGCAACCACUGCGCCCAUCGCGCGGCGGUGCUGCAUGCCCUGCACCACUGGGAGUGGACGGCAAUGCAGACGCUCGCGCGCCACGAGAGCAUCCGCUACAUCCGCCGCCAGCUCUGGCGCAAGAGCCGCAACGGUCGCGGCAAAGACGGCUGCCCCGGCGCCGGCGCAUACGAAGUCGCCUUCUGCAUCACCGAAAUGAUCAGCCCCACCGGCCGAUGCACCUGGAAAUCCAAACCGGACACUCGCGCCACGUCGGAGCUCGACAGACUCCGGCGCAGGUUGAAGAGCCUCACCGACCAGGCGAUUGCAGUCAACCGUGCAAAGUAA